CUUCUUUUCCCCUCCAUCCGUGACUGUGUCACUCGGUACCAUGCCGCUAACCCUUGUAUUGAUCAAGUUGUCAGCGACAUCGUCGGCACGUAUGCUGUCAAAGCUUCACUAAGCGACUUGGUUGUAAACUCGCCUCCUAUGCAGGUGUACAUCAAAGUAGCGGACCUUGUGCAAGCAAUAGAGACGAUCGAUUAUGGGGACGCCAGCGAGGGGCCAGUGUCUUUGCCAACAUCUAGAGCAACAGACAUUUUUGACAUGCCGAAUGUUGCCUACGCGGUUGCGAAUCAUUUGCAGAUCGAAAGUCGGCUAGACAGAUACAAGCUCGAUCCCAGGCUUUUCAUCAAGCAUCCCGAAUUCCUCGAAAGCACUGGGGAACUCAUGGCACAGGGUACGCCACUACGGCCAGAGUACUCAUCGUGUCUCUCUUUUCCCGCCUCGAUAGAUACCAAGACAGCAUCUUCAUAUCGCAACUUUAUUGCCUUCACUUGCUUCAACGUAUAUGAAAGCCGAAGAUAG